AUUGAGGGAAUGGUGGUUCUGCCAGACCAGUAGAGUGUGCUAUGGAAGUGCAGUGUGUUGCGAUGGGUCUGCUGCGUUGUUCGUGAUAACCCAGCAAGACCAGAGCUGAUCACACGCACAUUGUUGUCCUGUGUUUAUUUCACCAUUCCACAGGUUCAAGCAAACAAUUUUCAUCGUGGAACAAUGGGGGCUUAUCAGUGCAUCCUACUACUCUUCAGCUGCCAGUUCCUUUACACUUUGGCUCUGAAUUGUGAGGUGAUGAGUGGAACACUGAAGCAGAUAGAUGCUGGUUCGGGCUCAGUGGUUGGAGUGAACGAUAAGAAUGAAGUCUUUGUCUUGUUUGAUAACAUCUUUACAAAGAUAAAUGUACCUUUCAAACACUUCAGUAUUGGUCCUGCUGGUCAGCUGGGGGUGAAUGUGGCAAACAACAUCUUCAAGUUUCAGAGUGGCCAUUUUGUGCAGUUUCCAGGCCUUCUAAAACAGGUGGAUGCUGGAGGUGAUCAGUUCAUUGCGGGUGUAAAUAUGAAUGAUGACAUAUACUGCUUAAAUAUGGAUGCUAACAACAAUGGCCCAUCCAGCACAAUUCCUUGGGUACAACUUACUGGGAAGCUGAAGUAUUACAGCUGUGGCCCGUACAGCUGUUGGGGAGUGAACAGCAAUGACAACAUCUACAUCAUGAAGGGUGUGUCUAGUAAUAACUGCGGAGGCUCUGGCUCCUUUGAGAAUGUUCCUGGACUUCUGUCUAUGAUUGAAGUAGCAUCUGAUGGCAGUGUCUAUGGUGUCAACUAUCAAGGGGUCUUGUACCAAAGAGUUGGCGUCUCUCGAUCCAAUCCCACUGGCUCUGACUGGACCUCGUAUGUUUUAUGUCCCAAUAGCCACAAGCACGUGUCCUUUGACCUGGGAGUGCUUUGGGUCAUUUGUGGCGACGGCUCCAUCCGAAGGUGUACUUAGUCCUGUUCAUUACUGCAUCAACGAGGAACUUAAUAACAGAAAACUGUAAUGAAUUUUAUUUAUCUGGUUUUAUUCCUCCCUUUUGCAGUGAAUUGAAUAAAGAUUUUUGAUUGACUUCA